AUGAUGAGGUUUUGUGCUUUCGAGGACGGGUUUGUUAAGUUGAGGUAUUUCAUUGGGCUGGAAGUGCAUAAUAGCCUUUAUGCUAUUCAUCUCGGUGGGAAUAAGAUGUAUCGAGAUCUCUGUGAGUUAUAUUGGUGGCCUGGUUUGAAACAGGAGAAACUGGCUAAGUUAUAUGUUUCCGAGAUCAUUAGGCUUCAUGGAGUUCUUAUCUCUAUUAUUUCUGAUAGGGAUCCUCGUUUUACUUCUCAAUUCCAAAAGAAGUUUCAUGAAGCUCUAGGUUCUAGAUUAGACUUCAAUAAUGUGUUCCACCCUCAGAUAGAUGGACAUUUUGAGAGGAUGGUACCUUACGAGGCUCUGUAUAGUCGUAAGUGUCGUACUCCAUUGUGUUGGACUGAGUUGGGUGAGCGACGGGUUUUGGGUCCUAAGUUGGUUUCUGAGACCAAUGAUAAAGUUAGACUGAUUCAAGAUCGUCAUAAGAAGAAAGUUCUAUGGUUUAGACGUAAGGACAAGUUGAGCUUUAUGUUUAUUGGGUCAUAUCGGAUUUUGAAACGAGUGGAGUUUGUUGCUUAUCAAUUAGAGCUACCUCCAGAGUUGGACCAUAUUCAUGAUGUGUUUCACGUCUCUAUGUUGAAGCGAUAUCGGUCGGACCCAUCUCACAUUGUUUCUGUUGAGGAGAUUGAGGUUAGAUCGGAUUUAACAUUUGAGGAGGAGCCGGUUCAGAUUCUGAAUCAAGAUGUUAAGGUCUUAAGGAGGAAGUCUAUUCCUUUGGUAAAGAUUUUAUGGCAGAAUCAUGGCAUUGAGGAAGAGUCGUAA